AUGAAUAAACCGCUAAGUCGUGAUGAUAUUACGGCUAUGGAGAGCCAAUUGAAGCAGAGUUUGGAAGAGGACAAAGCGUAUUGGAGAGUUAAUGAUGUGAAAUGUGAUGCCAUACAUACUGCCAAAACUUAUGAAGAAUUCGCCGACCGUGUUGCGGCCGCACACUUACGACCGUUGGACAAAGAAGACAUGAAGAAGAAAGCUUCCACUUGGAAUCAAUACGCCUCCAAAGAUAAUGAUGAUGAUAAAUAA